GGGAGGACGGAGACGAGCUGCAGCCUUGAAAUUGCCGGCAUGGAGGCAGUUUAACCUUUAGCAUCCGCCGAGCUCCUUCCUCUUCCGGUUACGGCGACAGCGGCUUCAAGAUGCAGCGCCUGACUUACCGCCGUAGGUUGUCCUACAACACCGCCUCCAACAAAACCAGACUGUCCCGCACUCCUGGUAACCGCAUCGUGUACCUGUACACCAAGAAGGUUGGCAAAGCCCCCAAGUCAUCAUGCGGCAUCAGCACAGGAAGACUGCGUGGAAUCCGCGCCGUUAGACCUCAGGUUCUGAUGAGGCUCUCUAAGACCAAGAAGCACGUGAGCAGGGCCUACGGAGGUUCCAUGUGCGCCAAGUCUGUGCGUGACAGGAUCAAGCGUGCUUUCCUCAUUGAGGAGCAGAAGAUCGUCAUCAAGGUGCUCAAGGCACAGGCACAGAGCCAGAAAACUAAAUAAAAUGUGUAUUUGUAUUGCCACAAUAAAAAAAUGACAAACAAA